AUGGCUGAUCAAGAAGCUACUGGUUUAAGUGCAGCUGAAUUAAAAAAGAAACGAACAUUUCGUAAAUUUACAUAUCGUGGUGUUGAUCUCGAUCAAUUAUUAGAUAUGAGUAAUGAACAAUUAAUGCCAUUAUUACAUUGUCGUGCACGACGUCGUUUAUCACGUGGUCUUAAACGUAAACCAAUGGCUUUAAUAAAACGUUUACGUAAAGCUAAAAAAGAAACACCUGAAUUAGAAAAACCACAAGCUAUUAAAACACAUUUACGUGAUAUGAUUAUUGUACCUGAAAUGGUUGGCUGUGUUGUUGGUGUUCAUCAAGGAAAAACAUUUAAUUCAAUUGAAAUAAAACCUGAAAUGAUUGGACAUUAUUUAGGAGAAUUUUCAAUAACAUAUAAACCAGUUAAACACGGUCGACCUGGUAUUGGUGCAACACAUUCAUCUCGUUUUAUUCCACUCAAAUAA